CUUGAUGACGUAAUACGUAGAGCGACACUAUUUUGCAAGAGACGGCUCGAUGGAUACUAACGAAAUACGUAUUUUUAUUUUUGCUUGGAAUAGCGCAUCAGUCGUCGGUUAAUGCUGUUAUAUUACCAUGAUAACGAAUAUGUUUUAUGCGGAAUAAGUGACUGUAUUGCAGCGAACGUACCUUGUCAGCACAGAGGCCUGUGUUAGCGUCCUUCGGCGAGCGAGUGAAGCCCAGGUUCAGGCGUGUGGGUUUUAUUGUAACCACGCCGGAGUUAAAUCAACUCUAUCACGAACAGUACAGCUGAAUAUUUACUUUCGCUCCACGGCUAUGGCAGAACAGAACGCUGUGGCAACGUUGCCGAGUUUGGACAGGAGCUGCUGGGUGUGCUUCGCCACAGAUGAGGAUGACCGUACUGCAGAGUGGGUGCGUCCAUGCCGCUGUCGUGGUUCCACUAAAUGGGUUCACCAGUCCUGCCUGCAGCGCUGGGUGGAUGAGAAGCAGCGGGGCAACAGCACAGCACGUGUAGCCUGCCCACAAUGCAACGCAGAAUACCUCAUUGUCUUUCCAAAACUGGUACCACAUAGUGCUGAGCUUCCUGUACCUUCACCUCCAGAAAGAAAACAACCAUCAGAAGAAGAAAGCACUGAAUCAGAGGAUGGGGAGAACAGUGAAGUGGACUGUGACAUUACAGAUACAGUUUGUGAGGGAAUCCUUACUUCCCAAGUCAAGGAGAUCUGA